AUGACUGAUGCCAAGGACGGCCUGAGGACCUUAUCACUCAUCUCCGCGCUAAUAGCUCGUUAUCGCGCCGCCCCCCCGACUGAGUUCUUAGACAAGAAUCCUCCCCCGAUGUACAUCACGCUCUACUUCAUUGUCACCCGACUCCCUGACUCUCUUCGUGUCGUCAAGGACCACUUUCUAGCCCUUCCCCCCACCGACCUCACAUUCGACGACCUCGAGAAGCACCUGCUUGCGGCUGAGUCCAACAUCGUAGCUGUCGGUGCUGCUCGUGGCACUCCCCGCACUCCCCUCUUUGAGGGGUGUGCCCCCUCCCCCCUUGUCCCCUCCCACGCCUCUACUACUACUGUUAACCUCCUUGGUGCUGAGGAGGUCGGUGCCGCUUCUACUUCUGCUGGGAAGCGCCGCAGCGGCAAGGGCAAGGGAGGCAAGGGUGGCGGCACUGGCAGCGGGGGAGGUGGUGGUGGAGGAGGCGGCGGUGGGGGUGGUGGUGGUGGGGGUGGUGGCGGGGGUGGAGGGCGUGGGCCGUCUGGGGGUAGUGGUCGCUGCCCUUACCGCAUUCGCACUGGUGAACGCGCUGGUCAGACGUGCAACAAGUUUCACACCGAGUACCGCUACUUCUCUAGGCUGGACGAUGCCUAG